AUGACUGCUAUCUUCCUGAUGUCCAUGAUUUUUGGCCUUGCAUGUGGACAAGCAAUGUCUUUUUGUAUUCCAACUGAGUAUACUAUGCAUGUCGAAAGGAAAGAAUGUGCUUACUGCCUAACCAUCAACACCACCAUCUGUGCUGGAUAUUGUAUGACACGGGAUGUCAAUGGCAAGCUGUUUCUUCCCAAAUAUGCCCUGUCUCAGGAUGUCUGUACAUACAGAGACUUCAUGUACAAGACUGCAGAAAUACCAGGAUGCCCACGCCAUGUUACUCCUUAUUUCUCCUACCCUGUAGCUAUAAGCUGUAAGUGUGGCAAGUGUAAUACUGACUAUAGUGAUUGUAUACAUGAGGCCAUCAAAACAAACUACUGUACCAAACCUCAGAAGUCCUAUGUGGUGGGAUUUUCUAUCUAA